UUGUUUGUUGUUGUGUUUUUGCUUGCGUUCCGUUAUUUUGGUGUUGAUUUUCGUGUGUUGCUUGUUGAAUUUUUGGGGAAUCCCGUCCAACAAAAAGGAGGUAGAAUCUUAUCAGAACCUCCCGGGAUGACAACGCCCUCCGCGAGCAGCAGCUUCCGGAGCAACUUUGUGUACAUCUACGACAUUCCGUGGACGGAACAGAAGCGGUUGACGUGCCAGCUGGACCAGGAUGGCAAGUGGGUACCGCUGGCGUUGAAACGGAUGGGCUAUGGGGCCGUUGAAGUUGAGGAUAUUCAACGAUGUUGUGCGCAGUCUGGGAGGUCACCCGCGGAGCAGCUGCUGAAAAAGUGGGGUAAUUUGAACCACACGAUAACGGAUCUGUUCGUCGUGAUGUCCCAGGAAGGGUUGUUUUCGGCGAUGGAAAUCAUCAAGCGCUUUGUAGAUCCCCAGUUGCACUACCUGAUCAAGCAGGAAUCUUUGGUGGCGGAGUCGCGAAAGGAACUGAACGGACCGCCGGCUCCGUCGGUACCCGUCCUGGAACACUCCAAGGACGGCAACAGUGACAGCGUCGUUCCGCCGGCAGCGUUUCAGCAAAAAGAACCUGCUAUGGCGCCUCCGGUUGUUCCUGUUGUUGCGCCGCAACCGCCGCAGGUGCUCUUUGGCCCUGCUUCCAUUCCGGGUGGGUUGCCCCAGUUUAGCUACGAGGAACUUCGCUCGGCCACCGACAACUGGAGCAAGGACAACGAGCUGGGCCGGGGUGGGUUCGGGAUUGUGUACAAGGGCUUCUUCAAGCUGACGCACGUGGCCAUCAAGAAGAUCAAGGGCAUCAACACCGAGUCGGCGCGGACCGAGCUGCGGCAGAGUUUUAACGAGUUGAAGUAUUUGAACUCGUGCCGGCACGAGAAUGUGGUUCCACUGUUGGGGUGCUGUUUGGAACAGAACGAACCGUGUCUAGUGUAUCAGUUGAUGCCCGGAGGAUCGCUGGACAACCGGCUCUUCCCGAAAAGCACCAACGCGAGACCACUUUCGAUGCUGGACCGGAUCAAAAUCGCUAAAGGGACUGCCAAAGGCCUCCAAUAUCUGCACACGUUCACCGCGAAGCCCAUCAUCCACGGCGACAUCAAGCCGGGCAACAUCCUGCUGGACAACAACAACGAGCCCAAAAUUGGCGACUUUGGCCUAACCCGCGAACUCUCCGUGAGCGACUCGAGCAUGAAGGUUUCCCGGGUGUACGGCACGCGGCCCUACAUUCCGCACGAGUUCUUCACGUACCGCCAGCUGAGCACCAAGGUGGACAGCUUCAGCUACGGACUGGUGCUGUACGAGAUGAUUACCGGCCAGCGGGUGUACGACGACAAGCGACCGAUCAAGCACUUGAAGGACGUGGUCGAUAAUGCGAUCGCGUCCAAGUACGACAUCCGGGUGCUGAUGGACCGGGCGCUGCUGGUGGUGAACGCCGAUGAUGUGGCGACGGUGCAGGCCUGCAGGCUGCUGCUGACGUGUGGGGUGCACUGUACGGUGAACGAUCCGGACCGGCGGUUGGAGAUGGUGCAGGUGUACAAGUUUUUGAUGACGCAGUUUGGGGCGUGAAGGGUGUUGGGAAGAUGGUUAUUUUUUUUGACGAUUUAUAUAUUUU